AUGGAGGAGAUUAGUGACACAGCACUGCUGGUCACCACCUCUAACCAGCCAUCUUUGGUAUCCCAACCUCAGACCCUCCAAACAGCCCCCAACCACAUUCACCCCAGCUUCCAACAAAAACAAGCUGCUGACUCCCUCAUCCAGGUCAUCCAGAAGCUCAGCAAAAUUGUCGAGAAACGCCCCCAGCGUUGCCGCACUUUAGCCGGACAGAAACGACUGCUCUACGAGGCCUCAACCAGGGUUCCGGGAGGCUCCACUUACAGUAAAACUCGAAAAACCUGCAGGGAAGAAGAAAGCUGCGUGAGUGCUGAUACUGACGACGAUGUGUGCGUGUCGGGUGACCGCAACAACAACACCACCACCUCCACAUCCGUAACAGAACUCUCUGAUAACUCUAUCAGCUCUGAGCUCAAGCGGACUGUGACCUGCUAUCAGUGCAGCCUCUGCCUUUAUCUUUCCCCCACCCUAAGCCUGCUGAGAGAGCACCUCAAACAGCACGAUGAGAACCACAGCGACCUCAUCCUCAUGUGCUCGGAAUGCCGCUUCACCUCCCAAGACCAAGAACAGCUCGAGGCCCACGUCAAACUGCAUUUUGACGGUAACCCUUCCACUCCGCAGCACAAAGGAGGCGGCGGUUCCAAUGAGCUUUCACAGAAGAAGUGGUAUAGUCACGAGGAGUACGGCCUCUAUCGCUGUCUGAUCUGCAGUUACGUCUGCAGUCAACAGCGAAUGCUCAAGACGCACGCAUGGAAGCAUGCUGGGUUGGUGGACUGCACGUAUCCAAUUUUUGAGGAUGAAGAAGGGACGGCUGCCAGAAAGGAAACUCAAAUUUCCACCAACCGAGAGGAAGUUGUCCUUCUUUCACCUUUCGGCAUCCAAGAUCAAAGUGAGCAACCCGGCCUUAAGUUGCAGUUGUGCGUGCCGUUUGCCGCGGAUAACGAGCUGAACAUGUCAACCCAGAUACAGCCUAAUAUUGUGAAAAUGGAGCCGGAGUUGGUGGAUGAAAACGUGUACCCGGUGAAAGAUGUGGUCUCCGAUGGUCCCGUCGUGGAGGUGCAGGCAACUACAAAUGGGGAAAGUCAAGAGAGCUCUUCAGACAGCUUGCUUUCUUCUGCUCAGAAGAUCAUAAACAGCGAUCCCAACAGCGCUGGACACAUCAAUGUGAUUGUGGAGCGAUUGCCUUCUGCUGGGGACGCGGUUUUGACCACAAACCCUCUCCUCCUAACGCCAGACGAAGACAGAGACACGACUUUACUGAGUGCAUCGGACCAUGUCGAUGUGAAGGUAAAGGUAGAGGUCGAAGAGGUAGACGUAGCUGUAGCCAAAAGUACUGCAUCCGCUGUCACCGACUCCCCCAAGGAUGAAAACAUACCCCCCACGGUCAGAAAGAGGACGCACUCAGAGUCGUUGCGUCUGCAUUCGCUCGCAGCCGAAGCCCUCGUGGCCAUGCCCAUGAGAAUGCCCGAGCUGACCAAUCCAAACGAAAGUCUCGGGCAGAAACUGGCAGAGGAGACGAGCGGGGGGAAGGCGGUCAAACCCAAACUAGAACAAAGCUUGGGGUCACUCGGAGAGGGGGACGAAGAGGUGACCUGCACUAAAGCGGCAGGCAUCAGUCUGUCUCUACUCACGGUUAUCGAGAGACUGAGGGAGCGUUCGGACCAGAACACGUCGGACGAAGAUAUCCUCAAAGAGCUACAGGAUAACGUGCAGGUGCAACACGGAGCAACCAUUGGCGAAGCGACGGGGAACGAAUCCGCGAGCUACGUGGAUGAAAUAGUAUCGUCUUCGGACAACAGCCUGGUGGACUAUAUCGAGGGCAGCGACAGGCCGUACAGGUGCAAGUUGUGUCAGUACACCAGCGGCAACAAGGGCUACAUCAAGCAGCAUCUGAGAGUACACAAGCAGCGGCAGCCGUACCAGUGUCCCAUCUGCGAGCACAUUGCCAUGGACAGUAAAGACCUAGAGAGUCACAUGAUCAACCACUGUAAGACUAAGAUGUACCAAUGCAACCAGUGCCCGGAGUCCUUCCACUAUAAGUGUCAGCUGAGAACCCAUGAAAGAGAAUUCCACAGUCCAGAAGAAGCAUUGGCGACUGAGAAGGCGACCAAGGGGGAAGAAGCGUUUCGAGUUACAGACAAUGAGCACAAUGACCAGAAAAUGUACAAGUGCGAUGAAUGUGAAUAUACCAGUUCCACCUAUCUCGGCGUGAGGAACCACCGGAGGAUACACAACUCGGACAAACCCUAUCGCUGUUGUAGCUGUGAUUUUGCCACCACCAACAUGAACAGUCUGAAGAGUCACAUGAGGAGGCACCCGCAGGAGCACCAGGCUGUGCAGCUGCUGGAGCAGUACAGGUGCUCGCUCUGUGGCUAUGUGUGCAGCCAUCCUCCCUCGCUCAAAUCCCACAUGUGGAAACACGCCGGGGACCAGAACUAUAACUACGAGCAAGUGAACAGAGCCAUUAACGAGGCCAUCUCCCAAAGCAGCCGUGCUCCCCAGAAGCCAUCAGGAGCCCAAGACACCGCAGACGGAGUUCCACCACCAUCAUCAUCAUCAUCUUCUACGGACAAAGUGAAGAGCCCACUUGAACAGCACCUGUCCCCAUCCAGGGCUGUGGACCUUCCCUCAACCCACUCCCUCAGCCCACUAGCUAAAGACCCCCAACAGCCCCACACCACAGAAUACUGCCUCCUGCUGUUCUGCUGCUGCAUCUGCGGCUUUGAGUCCACCAGCAAAGAGCGUCUGCUGGAGCACAUGAAGGAGCACGAGGGAGAUCUGAUCAACAUCAUCCUCAACAAGGAGCAGCAGCAGCUGUCUGUGCCCCACAGCAGCCUCCAGAUCGCAGAGUGA